AUGGCCAAGCAGUUUUCUUGGGAACAGGAGUACAAGAGGACGUGGGAGGACAGGAACGAUAGGAAGGUAAACGAAUUUAACCUGGAAACAGAGGCGCCUUACAGCAACAAUCGAAAGGGGAUAGUGAGGCAUCUUCACAUAAUAAUAGACGUUUCAGAGGCAAUAGACAAGUCAGACUUCCUCCCUACGUUCAGGGCAAACGUGACAAAAGUCCUCGAGGGGUUUAUCCCCUCGUUCUACAGUGAAAAUCCCCUGUCCACCCUCUCCUUUCUCAGCAUUAGAGACGUGUGUGUGAAGUAUACAAGCAGUAUGGACAUAGACAUUCAUGCAUUUCUUGGGCAGACGGGAUCGAAGUGGUUUUCAUUACUUAACGGGCUUGAGGGAUCCAUAGAGGUCAUGAAGAAUACCAUGCACGUUAAGGAGAUCCUUGUGAUUGUUGCAAGUACAUCCACCAGAGAUCCCCAUGGAUAUGCUGAGGUACUGGCCAAACUGAGGGCAUACAACAUAAAGGUCCACUUCAUAAGCCUGUGCGGCGAGAUCACUCUGUAUAAAUCAAUAUCAAAGGCCACCGAGGGGAGGUUCUAUGUUCCGGUCGAUGCAGGCCAUCUUUCUGCAAUCAUGAGGGAAUUGUCCCACCCCACAGACUUCAAUGGGACAAAACUCAGCCUGGUUAAGAUAGGGUUCCCCUCGCCAAUGAUGGAGCCAUCUGUGUGUGCCUGCCAUCUAGAAGUAAAAGGUGCUGGGUAUGAAUGCCCGGUCUGCAAAACGAUGGUCUGCUCUCUUCCCAUUUCGUGCCCAAUAUGUAGCACCCAGCUUGUAUCCACACUGAAUCUUUCAAAGUCUCUGCGGUUUCUUUAUCCGCUAAGACCAUUUGUUGAGAAGGCAGAGGGUACAUGCAGAGUGUGCCAAGGAAAGGGAGCAUACCAAUGCGAGCUCUGUAAAAGCACAUUCUGCAGCUAUUGCAACAGACUCAUUCACAAUACCCUUAGCUUUUGCAUCUACUGCGAAUUACCCCAUAACUAG